UUUCAUAAGCGAUAUGUUAGCUACGCGCCGCCGCUCUAUCGGCGUGGCUGUUUAAACACGGACUAAAUUUCUAGGUCAGGCUGGCAGAAAGGAAAUAACAAAGGACCUAAUACAACAUUAACCGUCACCGUGAUAUUUUCUCUACGUUUGCUAGCAACGCAGAAGUGUUUUGGCUUGUUUAAAACUGGGGUAUAUAGUCAGUUAUCCAGGUCAGUGAACAGAGAUUGUGCACCUGUUGGCGUCAAGUUAUUCGGAGUACUAAGUGAGGCUUAAAUGAACAAAGAAUUCGAGCGUUUGCGGGGGCGACUGCGUCGGAGUCGAUUAUGAAUGUGUUGGUCUUGUGCACUUGAAAAGUGUUGGCUAUCAGGAUGUUGCUAACUAGCCGGAUGACCGACUCAUUGGACGUGCUACAAUAGUAUAAUUGUGUGUGUGUGGGGAAUGUCAAAGACAAGAAGUUAGCACUUGCUUCACGGCAAUACUCUCAGCCUGCAACGGAGGCUACGAUGUCGUGGAACGAGCGGGAACGCCGGCCUUCGGCAUGCGCAAAGGCUUCGCGCUGUAUCCUAGUUACGUUUAACGUUUUGACAUGGAUAACACCAUGGUUUUCUGAAAAGAUCCGGAAUAUGAUUGUUCUAAGCAAAGUGCACAAGCAGGACGCUAUUACGUUUCUAGACCACGUACAGGAACGGCUUAAGUGUUGUGGUGGAAGAAGUUUUGUCGAUUACACAGAAAACGAGAUGGACAUGCCAUGGAGCUGUUAUUACGGUGAAGGCAACGUACAGCUGAGAGGUUGUGGAGAAGUGUUAGUGCAGCAUUUUAGGGAAAAUGCUCUUGCGGUGGGACUCGUUACCCUUGGCAUUCUCUUUUUACAGAUCGGCUUAUGCGCUUGUGCCUUGGUGCAGUUCUUCGACAAGCAAGUUGUCCGACCUCGUUUGCAAGCGUCAUCUGUCUAGGUAGACUAAGUUUCAUCUUACACGUUUUAUUUGCACUCCACAAUGCGGUGUUGACGAGUCGCUGUCGCCCAAAAAUGUUUGCGAAUGUUGUAGAAGUCAUCGCAACCCGCGAAGUGUCAACAAGUAGUCAACCCUUUGCCAAAUUCGUUACAGUGUGCUGCAGUCAUACGCACAGAAUAAAAGUGUUACGUCUCAUCUUGACGGCGGUUCGCUUCCUCGUUAAGACGCUCUAUCUUAAAAGUAUCAUAAAAAAAAGUGACAGUAAUGGAUAUUUGCGCGUUUCAUGAGUCAACUAAUGUUUACUCCGCUGUUCCAUUAUACUAUCGUGGCAUUAGUCGUCAUCUCGAACAUACAUACAUACACAAAGAUAAGCAUCUAACAAUUCUGCAGUAAAUAUAUGUCUGCCUAGCAAAUAUGACUCA